AUGUUCAAAAACAGAUUGUGCUCCAUCGUGAACGAGUAUGAUGAGAACAUCCGCGAUUGCACGAUGAGAGUGGAUGGUGUGUCUAUGUCAACCCAAUUGUGGCACGCUCAAACCAACAUGCAUAUUGCCCUAGACGCUAAGCGAGAUGGAAAGCGUAUUCAAAACAUUUCAAUGUUUUCAAUGAUCUUUCUUCCAAGCAUGUUCGUUGCUACCAUAUUCUCUACGGACUUUUUCAAUUGGUUUCCGAGAGAUGACCAGGCGAUUAUUUCGCCAUACUUUUGGGUCCUGAUUGCAUUCUCUGCGUGCCUCAGUCUGUUCAUUCUCGGCGGUUACUAUGCUAUGUCUAGUCAGCGACUGAUACUUCUUAUGAGACGACUGAAAUGCUCCGAGUCAAUGUCAGAGGUUUGA